AUGGCAGCAGGCACAGGGAAGAAGAAGGUCCACCUCGAGUCCGCCAUACGAGUCUGCCAUGCGAGCACAGGGAAGAAGAAGGUGGAGCUCGAGUCCGCCAUGCGAAUCCGCCAUGGCAGAAGGCGGAGCUCGCGCUGGGCCGUCGUCGCUCGUCGGCGUCCUCGGCAGCGCGCACGCAGGGACCUGGGGGAGCUCUCGCAGGGGUCGGCGGCGCUCGCGUGGUAUCCGGCAGCGGCGCGCGUGGUUGUGAGCAGAGUGGAACCUCGCCAUCCCCAUGGCUGCAGCUCGUCGUCCUCCACCGGCUCGACACUCCUCUGUCCCCUCGCCGACGGACACCACUGCCGCACAGCUCGAUUUGGAGGCAGCGAGCUGGAGAAGAAGGUGGAGCUCGCGCUGGCGUGCUCACGUUCCUCGUGCUGCUCGUCUGCUGGCGCUGGAGCUUGUCGCGGCCGUUGCUCGUCUGCUGCUCGUGCUUGCCGGCGUGCUCGUGCUUCUCAUCCAUGGUCGCAUGAAGGCCACCAUGCUCGUGAAGGCCGGCGUGCUCGUGCGUGUCGCGUGAAGGUGGAGCUUGUGUGGAGGAGUGGCGCAGUGGAGCUCCCAGGUUGCAUCCAUGGCGGCGGAGCUCCCAUGGUGGCGCGAAUCCGGCCAUGGCCACCAGAUCUCAGGGAGAGAGAAGGAGCAGACGGAUCUGGGAGAGAGAGGGAGCACGCGGCGGCUGUGGGAGGAGAUGUGGCCGGCAGUCUCACGCGGUGGUUGGUGCGGCAGCUGCGGCGCUCUCGGGUGGCUGGCGUUGGUGGCGCAGAGCAGUGGCGGAGCUUGCAUGAAUGUGUAGGGAGGGCUAAUUCAAAGCUACCCUGCUACAGUAGUUACUAG